UUGCUUAAACACUAUAACCAGGCCUCUAAACUAAAAUUUCAAAACCAUAAACGCUAUUGGUCAAAAAGCUCACCCAUUUCCCUGAACUAUAAACACUAUUCCCUGCUUUGACACAUGACUCAAAUUUGGUGAACUGGUACUGCAAAACUCUACACACAAAUCCCUACAUUUUACAGUGCUUACACCAUGUAGUCAUGUAGAAAGCACUAGCAUGCAAUAAUGUUAACGUAAGUCAGCAUAGCUUGAGCCCAAUUAGCACACAAUUAACCAGGUGGAAACACUAGGAGUCAAAAUUUAGCACACACCAAUCAGAACCUGCGAUGGAUAGAUAAAAGGGCCAAAGUCAGCUCAUUCAGGUUUGAAACAAUGGAUCCAAAGAGAUGCAAAGGAAGAGGACGUGGUGGAGAAAGAGGACGUGGUGAAGGAGGAGGACGUGGUGGAGAAAGAGGACGUGGUGAAGGAGGAGGACGUGGUGGAAGAGGAGGAGGAGGUGGUGAAGGAGGUGGAGGUGGAGAACGACGGCGACAAGGAAGGGGAAGAGCAAGGGCACGAAGACAGUCAGUCUCGGAUGAAAUUCGAGCCACUUUAGUUGACCAUGUCCUUGUCCAUGGGAUGACUAUGAGGGAGGCUGGGCAACGAGUACAACCAAAUUUGAGUCGCUUCACUGUUGCCUCCAUCAUCAGAACCUUCAGGGAGGAAAACAGGACACAGAGACGACCACCUGGUGGAGGCAGGUUAAGGCUUUUGUCGGAGGAGCAAGAGAGGGAACUUGUAAACAUGGUAAUUGCAAAUAAUGUAAUCCGCCUGCAAGAGAUUCAAAGGAGAGUGAUUGAGGAUGAUCAUCUUUUUCGAGGCAUAAAUGCCAUCAGCCUCUCCACAAUUGACCGCAUCCUCCGAAAGAAUCAAUUCCGGAUGAAACAGGCAUACCGAGUCCCUUUCGAACGAAACUCUGACAGAGUGAAAAACCAACGUGUGGAAUAUGUUCAGAGAAUCUUUGAGAUUGAAGGACGGCCUGUUCCCCAUGAAAUGAUCUUUGUGGAUGAGGCAGGUUUUAACCUGACCAAAAGAAGGAAAAGGGGGAGGAACAUAAUUGGCCAUCGGGCUAUUGUAAAUGUCCCUGGUCAGCGUGGGGGGAAUGUCACUAUGUGCGCAGCCAUCAGCCAACGAGGGGUACUCCACCGCCAUGCCGUACUAGGACCCUAUAACACUAUGCUUCUCCUUGCUUUUCUUGAUGGUUUAAGACAACAUAUGUUCCAGCUGGACUACAGGGAACCAGCACAGCCAGAGCAGCCUCACUACAUUGUUGUGUGGGAUAACGUCAGCUUCCAUCGCGCUGCUCUGGCCAUGGAAGAGGCCUGCCUAGACAUAUCAGUAGAUGCAUGCCAGGGGUGGAUCAGGCAUGCAAGAGGAUUUUACCCCCGCUGCCUGGCUGGGGCCAAUAUAGCCUGUGAUGUGGAUGAGAUUCUCUGGCCUGACCCAGACCAAAGACAAGAUGCUGUGGAAACAAAGAUCGCAGUAUGUGCAGGAAGAACUACGCUGCAGUUGGAGGAUUUGGCGACAUGCCAGAGCGGUGCUCUGCAGAACUGUCGACUCACAGAUCGGAGGAAGACCCCAGCUCCUCACUACACCAUUUGCCAACAGCUUGCCUCAUUUUUCCCGGCCACCAAACUACCUGCCUUUCUGAGUUCAUCUCCCCCUGGAUAUCCAGUCUGCCUGCACCACCAUCAACCCACACUCACCUCGCCUCAGCCACCAGUGUGUGUCAAGGCCAGAAACUCCAGGAAAAAGGAACACGAGAAGCUGGAGAAGGUCCAAGGGCUCAGAGAAGACCUGGAGAAGAUGUGGAGGGUGAAGGUAACAGUGGUCCCAGUGGUAAUCAGAGCACUCGGUGCAGUGACUCAAGCUAGGCGAGUGGCUCCAGCUGUCACGGUCCGUAUGGCAGACCGUGGGGAAGUGGGGAAAGGAGGACCCAGUCGCGGUGCUCUAUUGCACUCUGUGUUGGCUGCCCUCUCGUCCAGCAAUCCUUCCUGGGAAAAUAGAGGCAGUAAUUAG